CAAUCGGCUGCUGAAGGCGGGACUUAUUAAAUACAACCAAAUCGUUCCAUUUGCUCAGAAUCUUCUCCGCGGAAUGAGUUAUCAAUACGGGCAGGGUUAUCCAGGACCGGGUGGUAACCCCCAGCACCACCCUCCCCCAGGCGCACCUUAUGGAGGUGGUCCCACAGGGGGACAGUAUGGUGGUCCUUAUAGAGGUGCCCCUCAAGGACCACAGUAUGGCGGAGGAGCUGCACCUGGAGGUCCAUACAGCUCCUAUGGUACUCCUGGUGCAGGAGGUGCCCCUAGAGCACCAUACGGUGGGCAUGCCCCAGGUGGCCCUUACGGGGGUUACGGACAUCCCCAAGGAGGACAGUAUGGUCAACAGCCUCCCGCAGGUAACGUUCCUCCCGGUGUGAACGCUGAGGCUUACCAGUGGUUUUCUACUGUGGACACAGAUCGUAGCGGCUACAUUAAUCUGAAGGAGCUAAAGCAAGCCCUUUUCAAUUCAAACAACUCUGCUUUCAAUGACGAAACAUGCAUUAUGAUGCUCAAUAUGUUUGACAAGACCAAAACCGGACGUGUAGAUAUAUUUGGGUUCUCCGAAAUGUGGACGUUUCUGCAGCAACGGAGGGCGAUGUUCCAACAGUUUGACCGGGACAGAUCCGGUUCAAUUAACAGCAAUGAGAUGCACCAGGCGUUAUCUCAGAUGGGUUACAGUCUGAGUCCUCAGUUCGUUCAGGGACUGGUGAAUCGGUUUUGUCUACGUGGUGUGAAUGGAAUCCAGUUGGACCGCUUCAUUCAGGUGUGCACCCAACUUCAGAGCAUAACCCAAGCAUUUCGCGAGAAAGACACCGCCAUGACCGGGAAUGUGCGGAUGAGUUAUGAAGAUUUUCUGUCUGGUGCCGUUACUAGACUGAUGUAAAGUACUGCAUAAGGAAGUCAGGAGAGACCUGUUUCAGCUAAUGGUUGUUGACCACGGUUUCUCACAACACUUUAGCCCCUUGACAUCUUUUACAGUCCCUUUUACUGCAGGAUACCUUGAUUUUACCAUAUUGUGCUGCAAAACCACUAUGUUUCAAGCAUAGUUAGAAUGCCAAAUAUAGCACCCCUUGAGACAUUUUACCUACAUUUUGCUUUGGUUGUUUGCUAAUGUUUAGUUGUUUAUUAUAUGUGAAUGCCAAAAUAUGUUCAUUGUAUAUGUGAAUGAAUUGCCAUUAACUAUGCAAGGAGCACUAUUUACUAAUUACUAAUAUAAUAAUAUCACUAAUAGGAGUAUGUCAUGGAUAUUUAAAUAGUAUUGCUUUUAAAUCUUAGUACAAAUAUUUUUGAAUAUUGUUUUGAAAUGUGUAUCAUACAGUCAUGCAAGUUAUUAGUUAUACCCCAAGGCUUACGUUUGAAUGAUAUUUAAACUCUUUGACCACCAUCACAUUUUAAAUAAAAUUUUGAAGUUAACUAUUGAUUUUUGUUUUCAUACAUAUAUAUAUUUUUCUCUGGUUUGUAUCUUUCCUUUUACCUAUUUACUCAGUUUACAUUCAUUUAAAAUGUUCAAUUUUGAAAUAAAAUAUUCCAAUUUC